AUGCUGGGUCUAAUGUUUGAGCAGAGGGGGAGGCUCCGGGUGUGCAUCAAAUUAGAGGCAGAACUCGGGAUCCAUCCCCAGUACUGCCACUUGCUAAAUGGGGGACGAUGGGAAAGUCCCUUCACGGCCCUCGGGCCCUCGGUUUCCUUUCCUGGCAGGGAGGGGCGAGUCGGGGAGAGGAGGCGGGUCAGAGACAAGGAGUCAGGGCUGCUCCGAGGUCCGGCCGCGGCCUCCUCAGAGUUCACCCUGGCCCUGCUCAGCCUCGAUGGGGUCGUCCUCUCCCCAACCGAGAAUGACUUUGUCCACCAUGUCAAGGAGGAGCUGGACCGAUUCCUCCUGGAGAAGCAGCUGUCCAAGGUGCUUCUCUUCCCACCCCUCUCAAGUCGCCUCCGUUACUUGAUCCACCGAACGGCGGAGAAUUUCAAUCUCCUGAGCAGCUUCUCUGUUGGGGAGGGCUGGAAGAGGAGGACCGUCAUCUGUCACCUGGACACCAGGUUACCGAAUCUGGAUAACUUCACUCCCUCCUGCCCGGUUCCUGGCCGCCACAACAAGUCCCGGAGGUCCCGGCCCAAUUUCCCCCAAGAACCAGCCCCUGCGUCCCGGGGUCCGAGACCCAACCGGAGGCAGCGUGGCCGCAAGCCUGACCAGGCCCUGUAUGUGCCCCGGGCUCUCCGCAGGAAGGCCGAGCGAGGCGCGGACCCGGCCCCGACAGGGACAGAACCUGGGGACAGGGACGGGGACCCGGCUGGGGAGAUCCCCGAAGAAGCUGAAGACCAUGGCAGCGGGGACCCGUACCCCCACGCCAACUCCGCACUCCCCAGCCAGGCAGAGCCUGGGCUGGCAGGAGAUGGAGAAGACCAGAGCCAAAUGGCCCUCGGCAAGCCUGAGCCGGACUCUGUCGAGUUGGUUCCCUCCGACUCCGGCUCCGGUUCCAGUUCCGGUUCUGGCUCCGGUUCUGGCUCUGGCUCUGGCUCUGGCUCCGGCUCCGAGAGCCAGCCAGAGAAGGGGGAAUGCCGGGAGGCAGGGAAGUCGUGCGACUCCAGGCUUCCCCGGGCCUUGGAGGAUGGGAGUGAGACGCCCCGGGCAAAGAAUCCGGAGGAGGAGGAAGAGAGCGGCUGUUCCGAGGAUGAGCCUGCCGAGUUGAUACAGGAGAUCAUGGACAACCUGGUGGACCGAGAGAUCCAGAUUGAGAAAAUCCACCUGGACAGCUCCUACCUGGAGGACGAGCACACAACGGGGGAGAAUGGCUUCGGCCACGUGGUGGAAAUCUAUGGCUUCGAGCCUUCCUUGAAGACGGAGGACAUCAUGGAAGUGUUUUCUGAAUUUCAGGAGAAGGGGUUCAAGAUCCAGUGGGUGGAUGACACUCACGCCCUGGGCGUCUUUCCUUGCCUGGCGUCAGCCACUGAAGCCCUGACCAGGGAUUUCCCAACGCUAAAGAUUCGACCCCUCACUCAGGGAACCAAACAGUCCAAGCUCAAAGCCCUCCAGCGUCCAAAGCUCCUGCGCUUGGCCAAGGAACGACCGCAGACCAACACGGCCGUGGCGCGGAGGCUGGUAGCCCGGGCCCUGGGCCUCCAGAACAAAUGCAGAGAGCAGCUGGCAGCGGAGACCUCCGCUGGCCAGCCUUGAGUCACCACGCCGGAGCCCCCUCGGACCCAGGCUCUGGGGGCCGGACCCCCUCACGCCCGGCCCGAGGCCCGGCUCCGGACGACGGCCAUUCACGGAAGGGGCGCCAACCGCGGUCCAAGCCUGGUGGCCUUGGGGAUAUUUUUAGUUUUUGAGAAGAAAAUUAAAAGUGGACUGGCUGGA